AUGGCUCUUCCUGCGAUAGCCAGGGCGACCUUGCAAGCUGCGCUCAUCAAUGCCGGCUCUAAUGUUCUGGCCCAGGCAAUCGGGGCGCACAGAGACGAGAGGCCCUUUGAGCUAGACACCCAAGCACUAUUCCACUUCACGACAUGCGCGUUCAUUGUCUCGCCCUUGACGUUUCUCUGGCUCGAGGGACUAGAGUCAAAAUUUCCCGGCUAUGAUAGCCCCAAUCCUAGCAAGGCAGAGAAAAGAGGCCAACAGCAGCAGCAGCAGCAGCAGCAGAAGCCCAAGCUUAAUGUGACAAACACCGUCGCGAAGAUAGUCAUUGACCAGCUGAUCGGAGGUGCCUGGAACACGGCCCUCUUUAUCAUGACCAUGGGGUUGCUGCGUGGCCAGGAGUGGGACUUGAUCGUGCAGCAGAUCCAGAAGGAUUUCUGGCCCAUCAUGAUCGCAGGGUUCAAGCUGUGGCCGUUUGUCUCGAUCCUUAACUUCACGAUCGUGCCCACGGAUAAGAGGCUGCUGGUGGGCAGUCUGUUUGGUGUGCUCUGGGCUAUUUAUCUCAGUCUUAUGUCUGGUUGA